UGAAACUGAACAGCAGGAACAUGAGGGAAGGGUGAUGAAGCUAAAAUGACCGAGAUUUAAGAGAAAAGGUCCUGAGACUUUUCAUUCAGCCACAUUCUGAUAGAUUGACACCUGGACAAAUCCUCCCAGCAGGCAUUCAGUGCUCACAUCGGGUGGUCCUUCCUCACUCCUCAUGUUUGGGAUGUGACCAAGUUCAAUACCAGCUGUCAGCCUGUCACACAGUUGGCUUUUUUAAAAUCAGUGGUUAAAGAACAUUUCCUCCACCAUGGUCUCUGCGAGGCUGUUAGUGCUGUCUCUAUUCCAAGUGUCUCUGGCUGCGUCUCAGCCCACCCAGAGUUCACAACAGGCAUCAAGCCCUCCUCACCCUGCGGGAGAACCGUCUCCUUUGGGAUCUGGUGAUCUGUCCUUCCCUUGGAGCCGUCUACGUCUGCCAAGGUACAUCAUUCCUCUUCACUACCACCUCCUCCUGCACCCCAACCUCACAAGCCUCACCUUCACUGGCUCAGUCCAGAUCCAGAUUGAUGUCCAGAACAACACAAACUGGGUUGUAUUACACAGCAAGGGUCUGCAGAUUUCCAAGGCCACCAUAGUGGACCAGAACCUCGCUCACCUGUCUGAUAAGGUUCUUCCAGUUCUUCAUAACCCUUCCCAUGAGCAGAUUGGCAUUUUCUCUCCUAGAGUGCUCAGCAGCGGCCAAAAGUACUUUCUGUAUAUUGAGUUUGGGGCGCAACUUGCAGACGGCUUCUAUGGCUUCUACAAGAGCACCUACAGAACCAGCACAGGAGAGACUAGAACUUUAGCUUCUUCUCACUUUGAGCCGACCAGUGCUCGGAUGGCAUUCCCUUGUUUCGAUGAGCCGAGCUUCAAGGCCAACUUCUCUGUGCGGAUCAGGAGGAAUAAAGAGUACAUUUCUCUGUCCAACAUGCCCAUAGUCAAGACGGUUGAGGUAAAUGACGGCCUGCUUGAGGACCAGUUUGAUGCAAGUGUACAGAUGAGCACGUACCUCGUAGCUUUUGUUGUCUGUGACUUCAAGUCUGUCACUGCAACAACAUCUUCUGGGGUGCAGGUGUCCAUCUAUGCUGCUCCUGAGAAGCUGCAGCAAACCCGCUACGCCCUGGAGGUUGCUGUCAAAAUGCUUGACUUCUACGAAGAGUAUUUCAACAUCCACUAUCCUCUACCCAAACAAGAUCUGAUCGCCAUCCCGGAUUUCCAGUCUGGUGCGAUGGAGAACUGGGGUCUGACCACCUACAGAGAGACCAGCCUUCUCUUUGAUCCAUUCACAUCCUCCAUUUCUGACAAACUCUGGGUUACUAUGGUGAUUGGCCACGAGCUCGCCCAUCAGUGGUUUGGUAACUUGGUGACCAUGGACUGGUGGAACGAUAUCUGGCUGAAUGAGGGAUUUGCCAGAUACAUGGAGUACAUUUCAGUGGAGGCCACCUACCCGGACCUUAAAGUGGAGGAAUAUCUACUGGACACAUGUUUUGCAGCAGUUAGUUUCGACUCGUUGAACUCCUCUCGGCCAAUUUCCAGCCCAGCAGACAACCCCACUCAGAUCAAACAGAUGUUUGACACUUUCUCCUAUGAUAAAGGAGCAUGUGUCCUGCACAUGCUGCGACACUUUCUGACAGAUGAUGUGUUCCAGCGGGGGAUAGUACGAUACCUCCGCAAGUUCAGCUACAGAAAUGCACGCAACCAGGACCUGUGGGACAGCUUAGCCAAUACAUGCUCUGAGGAGGACUUUAUCUCAGGAAAACACUGUUACAGCAGCAGCCAGGCCGCCAAGAACGCAUACCUAUUUGCAGGGGAACACCUGGACCUGACAGCCAUGAUGAACACUUGGAUUCUGCAGAAAGGCAUUCCUCUGGUAACUGUAACUAGGAGGGGGCCUCGCCUGGUGCUUAGACAGGACAGGUUCCUGAGGACAGUGUUGCCUUCUGACCAGCUCUGGUCCACAUUGCAACAGGGUUUCCUUUGGCAUAUCCCUCUGACAUACAAGACAAGUGCUUCCAGCACCAUCCACAGACACCUGAUGACAACACAGACAGACAGUAUACAUAUAGGAGAGGAUGUCAGCUGGGUGAAAGUAAACACUGACAUGACAGGCUAUUAUGUGGUUCAUUACGAGGAUGGUGGUUGGGACGAGAUGGCAAAACUGUUGAGGGAAAACCACACUGCUCUGAGCUACAAAGACAGGACUCAGUUGAUACACAACUCCGUUCAAUUGGUCACGGCAGGUCAUCUGCUGCUCAAUAAAGCUUUAGACCUGAUCGGUUACCUGCAGAAGGAGACACACACUGUGCCUCUCCUUCAGGGACUGGGAUACCUGGAGGCCUUUUACCGGAUGAUUGAGAAAAGGAAUGAGUUUGACGUAACAGGCAGCCUGGGGAGCUAUAUCCUGCGAUUUUUCCGUGCUGUCAUUGACCAGCAGACGUGGAGUGACAGUGGCUCUGUGUCAGAGCGACGGCUGAGGUCAGAGGUCCUGUCACUGGCUUGCCACCUGGGUGACCCUCUCUGUCUGGAGCGGGCACGUCAGAGCUUCAAAGACUGGCUUCAGUCCAACGGUACACUCAACUUGCCAACUGACGUGACAGAGACAGUGUUUUCAGUCGGAGCUCAGGAUGACUAUGGCUGGGCUACACUCCUACACACAUACAACAUCUCCCUCUCUGCAGCACAAAAAAGCAAAAUCCUGUUUGCCUUGACCUGCAGCAGAGACACAAGCAAACUGAACAGGCUGCUGGAGAUGGGUCUUGAAGGGAAGGUGAUUCGAUCACAGGACCUGUCCUCACUCGUCCUGAUGGUGGCCAGGAACCCGCGGGGACAUCACCUUGCCUGGAACUUUAUCAAAAAGAACUGGGACACACUGGUUCAAAAGUUCCAGUUGGGCUCAUCUUGUAUUAGAAACAUCAUCAUUGGCACCACAGGCCAGUUUUCAUCUCCAGAGGAGCUCACUGAAGUGCAGUUGUUCUUUGAGUCCAUCAAAGAGCAAGCGUCUCAGCUGAGAGCUACUCAGGUUGCCCUGGACAAUGUGCAUAAAAAUGUUCGCUGGUUUGAGAGGAACCUUGAGACUCUGAGAAACUGGCUGAAUAAGCAAAUUAAGUGAAAGACAGCCGAAAGAGAGGUGGUAUUUGGCAAAUGCUACAGAGGGGAUAUUUGAACAUUUUUAAAAAUUUGUAUGUGUUUUUAUUUGCGUAAAGUUGACAGUUUUGUAUUUUAAAAGGUGUUUUGUAAAUCUUGUUUUGUAGAAUAAAAAAUUGAAUUGGAAGAACUGGCAGCUUAGCGAAAUACUGUGCGUGUAAGGGGCUCUGCGUGUACCAUGAAUAUUAUGAUGUGUGUGUGUGUGUGUGUGUGAGAGAGAGAGAGAGAGUGAGAGAGAGAGAGAGAGAGAUGAGAUACUGUGUAAAUGGAUUCUUCACAAAGCAGACAAUAAAA